AUGACGCCUUUUCUCAUUCUUGGUGUCUUGUACAUCGCAGGUGUAGCUGCUUCUGUUUCGAGACAGAUUCAGCUCGGAGACCUCGAAUACUUUAUCCCACCCGGACCAGCAUGGAAACUAAAAGACUGGAACGUCUCCGCCCACGAUGGCGAGUUUACGCCUCUCACCGUCGUCGGACCGAGCGGGCUUCCAAUUGAUGGACGUAUCAAUCUUGCUGCUAAAGCGUACGAGAGAGAUGAUGUGUGGACAAAACACUUCACUCAAGUUCUGUACUUCAAAUCAGACUCCGAUGUAGCCCACAACGUUUCGUCAGAGUAUAAUGUUUCAGCUAUAUACACUGGCACAGAAUCAGUUCCAGCUGGUCCCUACUUUGUCCAUCGUUAUACAGGCGAUUCAACGUAUCAAGACCCCAAUGGAACUCACCACCCUCUCCGCGCAGGAAUUCAAUCCGCAGCAGGCUUAACCAUUGCUGUCCCAUCACGCCUCUACUUCACCCGUACUAAAAAACAGCCACUCGCCGGUCUUCGCAUCGGUAUAAAAGACCUCUUCGACAUGAAAGGAGUCAAAACAAGCUUCGGCAAUAAAGCAUGGUACGACAUGAGCAAAGUCAAAACAGAAACGGCCAUCGCAGUCCAGAAACUCAUCGACGCCGGUGCUGUCAUCGUUGGCAAGAAUAAACUCUCAGAGUUUGCUUUUGCUGGUAUGUUUGUCACAGAACAUAUCGACUAUCUCCUCCCGGUUAAUCCUAGAGGAGAUGGGUACCAGUCUCCUAGUGAUAGCUCUGGUGGCUCCGCUGCGGCUGUUGCAUCGUAUGACUGGCUUGAUGCGAGCUUGGGAAGUGACACUGGUGGUAGUAUACGCGGUCCUGCUUCUACGAAUGGUGUUCAUGGGGGUCGUCCAACUCAAGAUGCCGUUAAUCUCACUGGAGCACUACCUUUGUCUGUUUCUAUGGAUACAGCCGGGAUAAUUGUCCGUGAUCCUCGGAUGUGGGCAAGGAUCAACAAGGUUCUUUAUGACGAUGAGUUGGAAGAUUAUGAUGGACUUCCAUCGGAGAUCUUUCUUGACCCGUCAACGAAGUCUGACAUCCAAGACUUGGAGCGAAAGUCUACACAAGCAGCAGAAGCUGUAGAAGGCUUCUUAGAUGGACUGUCAAAGAUUCUGUCAGCAAAACCGAAGACUAUUGACGUCGACAAUCUUUGGAGCAAUUCAACGCCAAAGGAAUACAAUGGUACAAGUCUGGGGGAAGCAGUGGGUAUAUUAUACGGCAAACUCACAAGAUGGGAGCAAUGGACCGAGAUUGGGAAGGACUUUAUUGACGACUAUCGUGAUUCUCACAAUGGAUCCCUUCCCUAUGUCGUUGACGGUACUCGUCGAGGGUGGCUUGAAAUUAACAAGACUUAUACGGAAGAGCUGCAUGAAGAGGAUUUGGCUUUGAAGAGUACUAUUGAGGAUUGGGUAGCCAAAGAACUUCUAACUCCAAGCACGAAAUCCUGCUCAAAGGCUAUCUACAUCUACAUUUCUGUCGCUGGCUUGCUUUACAAGCCAGACAUUGCACAAAACCCCUUUAACCCCUCCAUCCGCGAACUCAUGGAUGAGAUUUCCGAUCAAAAAGCUACAAUUGCGCGACUCAACACAACAGUCAACUGCAACUCGACUCUUGGGUCAGAAGAAGCUUGCAAGGAGUCAACAGAGUCUAAGCCACCCUCUCCAACACAUAUUCCUGUGUUUCCAGGUCGACUAGCCUCGGUGGCGGGUAUUCCAGACUACUCUAUUUCUCUGGGUGCGUUUGAUAUGGGGAGUGUCUCAAAUGUCACACUGCAGAACCAGUCGACUCCUGUAUCUGUUAAUAUUAUGGCUGGUCGGGGUUGUGAUUUUGUUAUUUUUGAUAUUGUGGAGGCUUUGUAUAAGGAAGGGUUGAUCAGGGAAGUCAAGAGUGGCGCUAUACCUUGA